UAAAUUGCUAUUAUUGAUAAAUGGCAGAAACUCAAUUUGAAUUUUCGGAAAAUCUCAAUAUCAUUUGUUUAUAUGAUGAGAAUCUUAGGAAUUUUUAUCAAACAUUUAUUGAAUUUUCUCACUAAAUCAAUUGAAUUAUAUUUAACAUUACUCUACAUGCCAUAAUACAAGAACAUUAUUUGAUAGAAACUUCUUGUUAUAUCAAAAAUUGCCUUAUUUUCUUCGUUCAUAGUUAAAUUUCUACUAUCUGCUGGCUGAUACUGAAUAUUCGUUGCAGUUUCAUGGUAUCUAAAUUUGACAUCCAAUUUUUAGUUUUUAUUACCACAUGGCUGAAUUGAUUUUUUAAAAUUCUAUUAAAAGAUAAUUGUAAACUGCACAUAUCUGGAUAAACAUUGUUUAUGGAAUGUACAAAUCAGAACUAACAGAGUCAGAUUCUGUGUUACUUUAGAAAUGAAAACACAAACUCAAGAACAUUGUUAAAGAACAAUUCGUGAUCUGGUGAACUUUAAAUGAGCAAUUUAAACAAUGCAUAAAAUAAAAUAGAAAUUCAUUCUUCUCAGCAAAAAUCUAGAAAUCCGCUUUCACAAGUCUCUAUUCUGAUCUUCCUUCAUAGAGUCAAGUACAGAAAAACAUUUUUCAGCGCACAAUGAUACUAAUCUUCUUAGAUUAUUUUUCUAUUUUAUUUGUGUUGCAAAUAUUUUCUUCAUUUUUCACUCACUUGUUUAGUUGCCGUGGCGCCUGAAAAAUCUACGCGUUCGAUAGGCAUCACACUCUUACAGGUUUUAAGUCUCGUUAGAAUACUUCAAACGCUUUCUAUUACAUAAUAACGAAAAAAACCACUUGUCAACUGGCUUUCAUUCAUCGAAAGAAAAGUCAGAAUUGAAAAGAGCCUAGCUCUAACAAAUAUUCUACAAAGUUCUUUUUUAUGCAUAAUUAGAACAAUUCCAGAUUUGUUGCAAAUUUUUGUACGUUGUUCAGAAUUUCUUUCUUAAAUUUUUUCGGACGAAAUAAACAUCAUCGGACUUUUAGUUUCAGGUUCUCUCUUGAGUACAGUUUUCAAACGGAGAUACUUUCACUGUUUUUUCAAUGAAUCAUAAUACGAUAAAAGAGUUUAUAUUUAUAACAUAAAUAAACCAAUCAAAUUUUGUUUCUCGAGCCUCUAUAAUGGCGUCCAUGUUAUCCCUUAAUUCGUUAGAAUCCCUUAAACGGUGCCCACACACACAUUAGGCACAUGUGUCACUAGCGUGUCCUAUCGACAUGGGAUAUUGGUAGGCCAAAUGAAACGACUUUUUUCUGAGCAGAGACCAGGCCUUAUUACUCCACCAGGCCCCACGAUGUGGCGGGGGCUAGCCCCCGGCAUUUUUUAAGCAUGUCUGCAAAAAUUUUUAAUACUGUCUGGCAAAAAUGUGUAAUAUAGUCUGCGAAAUUUAAUUUUAAGGCUGCAGUCGACUGGUCACGUGAUAAUGUUAGCGGUGAAAAGUUUUUGUUUUCAGACAAUUUUUCCGAAGAUUUUACGUAGCCUUGGAGGGGGUAGAGGUAUCUUCGUCGCGCUACUCCCCCCCCCCCCCCCCCCCCCCCCCGGCAUCACUUUUAAUGAAAAAUUGGGAAGUUCCCACAAAAAUAAGUGACUGUCUGCCAAGUUUUUGUGAAGUGUCUGGGAAAAGAAAAAAAAAUUUUAGCCCCCGCCACUCUCAAAAACAAUCGAGAGCCUUGGAAGAGACAGUAUAACAAUCAUUAUUGAUUGAUGACCGAACUAAAGACGGGUCACGAUAUUUACCGUCCAACCGUUUAACAUUGUCAUUGUUGAUGACGUCUGGUAUAAUAUAAGUUACAAUGGAUAUAGACGUAUAUAUAGAUUGAAAUUUACGACAUUUCUCAUUGAACAUGAACUAUUCAACAGUUAAUAUCCUUGGUCUAUGCGACGAGAUUUUGCUUACCAUUUUCAACAAACUCAACAAGAUCGAUGUAUUAUAUUCUUUCAUAGGAGUCAAUCAAAAACUCGAUAAAUUGGCUCAGGAUUGUACAUUUACACGAUCUGUUGAUUUAGUAACAAUAUCAUCGAAUGAAGAUAAUGAGUCAAGAACUAAUUCAAUACUUGAUCGAUUUUGUUUUGAUAUAAUACCUCGAAUUCAAUACAAUAUUGAAUGUCUUACUGUUGGUCCAUUGUCAACAGAUCAAAUUCUUCGCAUUGGAAAUUAUCCUAAACUCAAUAAACUUAUUCUUGUUAAUCUUUCACUUAAAAUGGCGUCUCGUAUUUUAAAUAAAGGAUCAUUUAUUCAUAUCUAUAAGCAUCAGAUUUCACAUCUUGUUGUAACAAUUAAUGAUGAUAUUACAGCUAUACGAAUAAAAGAUGUAGCCACAAAUAUUUUUGCUAACAUUCUUGCUAUGUUUACAAAUUUGAUUCAUCUUGAUUUUAACUUUGAUGACAGUUUUGUGUAUCCACCAACAUCAUUUAUUAAAUUACUAUCGACAACAUGUCAAUCAUCACGUAUUGGUCAUUUGAAUGUUAGGGUGCGCAAUUUUGAUGAUUGUCUUUGUUUACUUGAUGGACGUCUUAGUCAAUUACAUACAUUUAUUGUCAAAGUUGAUAACAUUGAUGAUUUAUCAAUGAGAAUUCGUAAGAAGGUAAAGAAUUUCGAAUCAUAACGAAAGAGCUUUGUUAUUUCGAUUUCUACAAGAAUCGAAUAAUGAGAAAUAGAUUGUUGAGGGUGAGUGUAGUAUUUUAUUAAAUGAGAAAAUCCUAUAAUCAGUGUUUUAUCCAGAGGGGUGCCCGGGGGGGGGGGGGGGCGUAAAGUGAGUUCGCUCCCCCUCGGACUCGUGGUCAUUGCUCUACGAACUAUGUGUUUGCCCUCCCGAAAAGAAGUGUUCGCCCCCUCGGAGUUUCAAAACGCCCCUCCGGGAGAAAAAACCUGUAUAAAACACUGCCUAUAAUAUAAAACUAUGUAUUCAUAUACUUGAUCGAGUUUUAAUUUGAGAUGUGAUGAAUAAAGAGAAAACGAUUGAAAUAAUAUUGUUGAGAUAGCUAAUUAUUCCUGUUUUUGAAUCCAUAGUCAAUGCAAUACCACUUACUCUCUGUUAAUUUAAAUUUUUUUUGUAGAGAACUCUAUCGAAUCUAAAAGUUUUCUCGCUAUUUUCAACUGAUCGAACGGAUAAGUAUGAUAUCGGAAUUGUACCGCUUCUUAGUCAAAUGUCACAAUUGAAGAAACUUACAUUAUCUCUUAUUGUUCUAAAGCGAAUUUCAUUUAUUGAUGGUACUCAGUUGUAUAAUGGUUUUCUUUGUAAAAUGCCACAUCUGCAUACUUUUACCUUCAAUAUCAUCACUAAAGAUGUCAAAGAUAAUCAACAAUUACUACGAUCUUCCGAUGAUAUUAAACGUACGUUCAUUGAAAAAGGAUAUCAUGUUGAUUGUUAUAUCGAUUGUUAUUCACGAGAAUUAAAUCAAUGUCAUAUUUACUCACUUCCGUUUACUAUGGAGUAUAUGUUUAACGUUUCGAACAAUUUUCCUGGUGGUCUAUUUAUGAGUGUUCGCAGACUGCAAGUAUAUGAUUUCUUUGUUCCAUUCGAACACGAUUUCUUCGCUCGAAUCUCUCAAGCUUUUCCAUUACUCAAUAUAUUGAACGUAAUCAACAUUCACGGACAAAAGAAGAAGUUGACACGCCAACAAGAUGAACAUAAACAAACAUCUUCAAUUAUUGAGUAUCCUCAUCUUGUGUAUCUCAGUCUCAAUCGUGUACAUAUUGACUACAUCAAACAAUUUCUUUUUCAAUCAAACACACGUCUACCAUGUCUUAACAAAUUAUCCGCUCUAUAUGAAGAUUUGAGAAAUGCGACAGAGAAUUUCACAAGUGAUGCUGCGAGUGCCAACUGUACAAAACUGAAACACAUUAUUCUUUAUGCACAGCCGAAGACACUUCCAGAAAACUUCCAUGAUUAUUUUCCAUCAUUGAUAAAUAAAUUGUAAUUUUAAUUCUAUUUGUGGUAUUUUGAUUAUUGAUCAAUAAAAAGAAAGCUAUUGAUGGUGUGAAAAUGUUUUCGUAGAAUAUCUUCCAUACACAUCACUAUUAACCCUUUUGUGAGCACCGUUUAAGGGAUUCUAACAAAUUAAGGGAUAACAUGGACGCCAUUAUAGUGGCUUGAGAAACAAGAUUUGAUUCGUUUAUUUAUGUU